AUGAAGCGGGUCUUCUGGCUCCUGACAGGAAUAAACAGAAGAAUUAUGAAGCUCCUUUUUGCUCUCGCUCUGAUCGCCUACAUCGCAUCUGUCUGGGGGACAUACACAAAUAUGAGAUCUAUACAAGAGAAUGGAGAGGUCCAGAUUGAGCAACGAAUUGAAGAAGUCGUGGCCCCUUUGAGAGACAAGAUACGUGAUCUGGAACAGAGUUUUUCUCAAAAAUAUCCUCCUGUGAAGUUCUUGUCAGAAAAAGAUCGAAAACGGAUUUUGAUCACUGGUGGUGCUGGGUUUGUUGGGUCACAUCUGACAGAUAAACUAAUGAUGGAUGGACAUGAGCUGACUGUUGUGGACAACUUCUUCACUGGCAGAAAACGCAACGUGGAGCAUUGGAUCGGCCACGAAAACUUUGAACUGAUAAAUCAUGAUGUGGUGGAGCCUCUUUAUAUCGAGGUGGACCAAAUCUAUCACUUGGCCUCUCCAGCAUCACCUCCUAACUACAUGUACAAUCCCAUUAAAACACUCAAGACAAACACUAUUGGCACUCUGAACAUGCUGGGUUUGGCCAAACGUGUUGGUGCAAGACUUCUCCUUGCUUCAACGUCUGAGGUGUACGGUGACCCAGAGGUUCAUCCACAGAAUGAAGAGUACUGGGGUCAUGUGAACCCUAUAGGCCCUCGGGCUUGCUAUGACGAGGGCAAGCGUGUUGCAGAGACUAUGUGCUACGCAUACAUGAAGCAGGAAGGAGUGGAGGUACGGGUGGCUCGGAUUUUCAACACUUUUGGAUCUCGAAUGCACAUGAACGACGGGCGCGUGGUCAGCAACUUCAUCCUGCAGGCUCUACAAGGAGAACCACUUACUGUGUAUGGUACUGGCUCCCAAACCAGGGCUUUUCAGUAUGUAAGUGAUCUGGUGAACGGGCUGGUGCUGCUGAUGAACAGUAACAUUAGCAGUCCUGUCAAUCUGGGCAACCCAGAGGAGCACACCAUUCUGGAGUUCGCUCAACUUAUCAAAAGCCUUGUCGUGAGUCACAGUCAGAUCCAGUUUCUUCCCGAGGCUCAGGACGACCCACAGAGGAGAAGACCCGACAUCCGCAAAGCCAAAAUGCUGCUGGGCUGGGAACCUGUGGUGCCGCUCGAGGAAGGAUUGAAUAAAACCAUUCAGUAUUUCAACCGAGAGCUGGAGCACCAAGCCAACAACCAGUACAUCCCCAAACCUAAAGCUGCCAGGAUGAAGAAAGGACGACCGCGGCACAACUGA